AUGGAAGUAAAACCGCAAAGGCAUGAGGUGAAUGAACGUUGUAAAAUCAAAACUUCGAGAAAAAAAGCCAAACAGCUUCACACCUGCUCACAGUGUGGAAAUAGUUUCAGAGAAAAAGGAAACAUUAAGAAGCACAUGAGGAUCCACACUGGAGAGAAACCAUACACUUGCCCUCAGUGUGGAAAGAGUUUUACUGCAGCAUCAGGUCUCUGUUAUCAUCUGCGCAUUCACUCUGGAGAAAAGCCUUUUAACUGUGAUCAGUGUGGUAAAAAGUUUAUUUCAUCAUCAAGGCUAAAAGCACACCUGAUAGUUCAUUCAGAUGAGAAGCCUCAUGUGUGUUCUUACUGUGGAAAGAGUUUUUCACGACUGGUCAGUUAUAAACAGCACCAGAAAACACAUAAUGAAGUGAGAGAUCACAUGUGUUUUGAGUGUGGGAAGAGCUUUACUAGAACUGAUCAUCUGAAACGACACCAAAGGAUACAUUCUGGAGAGAAACCUUACACGUGUUCAUAUUGUGACAAGAGUUUCAAUCGGUCUGAACACUUGAAAGUACAUGAGCGAGUUCAUACUGGAGAGAAACCAUAUCACCGUACUCCGUGUGGAAAGAGUUUCAAACAUUCAAACUCUGUAGUGUAUGAUAUGAAAAAGAUUUGUCUGAAGUCGUCAUUAUGAGCAACGUUUAUCUAUUCAUCCAGCUAGUUAGUUUCCAGGUGCUUUAUUGGCAUGAUAAAUAUUUGUACGUUUAU